GGAGUGAAAAUCGGCGGGCGGGAGGCGGAGCCGCGCUGUAAACAGACCCGCUCGGACUGAACCAUGGCCGGGCAGCUCAGCGCUCUCUCAGACCGCGCGGACGGCACCUACGUGGUGGGCGAGGACCCGCCGGCACCGCAGAGUUGCGGGGCGGGGGAAGAGGACGGGGACGGGGACGCUCCGGCGGUGUUUCUGUGCGGGAAGUGCCGCCGGCCGGUGGGAGACUCUCUGUCCUGGGCUGGAAGCGACGAGCAGCUCAACCAGAUCAUGCUGAAGAGGGUCCAUGACAAUAUCGUAAUUGGAAAUGAGCCGUAUGUCUCCAGCACACGCAAAGAACCAGGAUGCCUUGUUGUGAAUCUUGCUUGUCGUGGCUGUGGUUCCACACUCGGAAUCAUGUACACAUCAACCCCAAAAGAGCUGGAUUUCAAGAGAUCGUAUUUCUGCUUUGGUGUAGAAAAUAUUGAGAGUUAUGUAUUAGGGUCUGCUGACCAGCAGGUGGCAGUGGUGGACAGUAAAGACAUGCCAGUGACACUGGAGCUACAGGAAAUUGUUGAGCAGCAAAUGAUAAAGAUCAAAGCUCUGGCAGUGACGAUAGGACACAGACUCAUGGAGAUUGAGCUUGACCUCCAGACUAAGUCAGAAAGCUAAUAUGGGCUGCACUUAGCUAAACAAUGCUAAUCAGGUCCUGUGCUCUUUGUCUUUCCUUUAGUUAGAUAAAAAGGUUCUGUGUGUUGUUUUGUUUAUGUAUAUGUUCUGUCUCUCUCUUUUUGUCAUCACUUUCCUCAUGUUUCUUGCUGGUUUGGUUGUAUUAGGCAUGUUUGACUGAACAUUUGAUUUAAAAUAACACAUUUUUGUAAAGAAACUUGUUCACCAAAAAUCCAGAAAGUCAAAAUAUUAAAAUAUUAUUUGUCCAAUAAUGUCCAAAAAAGCACUUUAUUUAUAAUUUAUACAUGGAAAAUGAAGUUUUUAUGACAUGUUUAAAUCACAACAACCUGUGUUCAGUAUUUAAAGUGUUUAAUAUUUUCUUUCUCUUUCUCAUUUUUUUUUUUUUAAAUAACCAAUACCCCUCCCCUUCUUUAGGAGAUUAUUUAAGCAUUUAUUUUUAUUAGUGAUUCCAUUAGGGAGGACAAAGACAUAACAAAAAAAAAACAUAACUAAGAAAAGAAAAUGAAAAUAAAGCCUUAAUGUUAAUAGAGAUUAAUUAGUAAUUAAUGGGAGAGGAGAAAAAGGUUAAUAAAACAAUAAAUUGUAGUUUUAUAAUAGAUUUUUCUUUGAGAAGCAAGACAUAAUAAACAUAUUUAGGCUAUUUAAUUCAUGCCAUGGUGAGAAAAGUGCCAAAAUCAAUGAAAACCUACCAAGUUAUCAUUUGUUCAUUUUAGUGCAUCACUAUUCAGAACCCCUAACUGUUAUAUACGUCACCAAAGGUCCAGAAAGUUGUUUUUGUUGUUCAGUACGGGUCUUGUUUAUUUCUUUCCAUUUCUGUGUUGAGGUUAGGUAAAAGUAUACUGUAUAAUCCCAUAGAUUGAGUAAAAAGAUUAUUGCUGCCA